UGGUUGCGAGACUUUGCGAUCAAUCAAGUUCAGGGAAGGGUCAAGCAAUGCUCAAGUUGGUGGGCUCAAUUCUGUGCAUUUUGGGAAUUCCUAGGCUCCGGGCAGAUCCAACUUGUUACGGCGAUUUAGGCUGUUUUCCAAAUGACUAUCCGUGGACAGCAUUUUUGAGACCAUUCCCAGAGCCCCAAAGCCCGCAGGAAGUGAACACAACAUUUUUCUUUUCGAAUCGAAUUGUGAAUAGAACAGUCGUCACAAAAGAUCCCGAGAUUGUAAUACCGAAUGGCUUCAACGGGACAAAGGCCACGUAUUUCAUUACCCACGGAUAUUCUAGUAGUACUAGACCCGAGUGGUUCAGAAAUUUGAGCGAUGCAUUAAUAACAGCCAGAGACUGCAAUGUUUUCGCUGUCGACUGGGAAAAAGGCUCUUCCGGAAUGUACUUCACGGCAGCAGCGAAUACGCGAAUGGUGGCUGCAGAAAUUGCGAGAUUGAUCCGAUAUUUGACGAAUAGCACGUCCCUCACCCCCUCGAAUGUCCACCUUCUCGGUCACAGCUUGGGGGCCCACAUCAUGGGGUACGUGGGCAAGAGCAUUUCAGGAAUUCGUCGAAUAACAGCUUUGGAUCCAGCACAGCCGGGGUUCGAGGGUAAGAACCCUCUGAUUCGUCUCAAUGGUUCUGACGCGCAGUUUGUCGACGUCAUCCACACAGACGGACGUCCAUUUCUACCGCUCCUCGGCCUCGGCUACACCUCGGGGGUGGGCAAUGUCGACUUCUUCGUGAACGGAGGAAAAUUCCAGCCGAAUUGUGUACUCGACGGUGAAAAUUUCCCGUACAAAAGGCUCGCGGAGAUUCCCAAAAUAACUAUAGCAGUCCUGUAUAAUUUAGCGAGUUGCAGUCACACGAGGGCCCCCAGGUACAUGGCCGCAGCCAUAAAGGAGCCAUGCAACAUGUGGGGAUACAGGUACAACGCAACUCAGGCCACUUUGAGAUACGAGAAUUUUAUCAUUGAUGACGAAUGUGACGUCGACAAUUGCACCCCAAUGGGACUCACUACCCAUCACUUUCCGGCACUCGGUAAUUUCGCUAUGGAAACUUCUGGAACCUAUCCUUUCUGCAAAAAUGAUGGCCAGGCUGAUCGAGAAAUGGCACGGGCUGUCAUCAAAUGACUUUGCAUUCAUCAGUCAUGAGAAACUGGAGACAGAACAGGAUUUUUUCACGUUUUACUGAAAACAAUUAUCAUCAUUUCAAAUGAUCGACUUUCCUGUUCUCCAUAUUUUUUUAUUUUCCCAAAAUAAAAAAAUGAACCCAAUUGGUUAAAAUUUUCACCUUGUGCGGUUCAAUUGUUAACGAAUGCACAGAUCUGGAGGAGGAAAAGAAUUCGACUAUUUUAGAAUAAUUAUAUAUGACAAUAUAUUUAAUCAACAUGAGAAUUGUAUAAGCACAUUUUUCUCGAUACAUUUAAUGUAUGUAUAAAUAUAACUAGAAUUUCUUUCAUGAGUGUUUUGUACUGAUCAGUCAUUGACGAAAACUACACUCGAAUAAAUUGAUAAAUUAUUAUAUUUUCA